UAAACCAACCAUUUCAUUCUUCAAACUAUACCGUAGUAAGAGAGAGAGAGAGAUUAUCGAGCAACAUUUCAUUUUUCAAACUAUACCGUAGUAAGAGAGAGAGAGAUUAUCGAGGAUUUGGAGUUAUAAUCAUAGUCUCAAAAUUUCAUGAAAUUCUCAAGAGUAUUUUUGUCUACCUCAUUCUUGAAGAUUUCAAAUUCCAUUUCAUCCACCAAAGAACUUCACGGUCACCUCAUCAGAACUGAAAAACACACCGACCCUUUUGCUAUUUCAGACGUUAUCAAAUUCUAUUCUUUCUUCGCAACAUCCGUACACAAAGCCCUUCUCUCUUUUAAUCAAAUUGAACGACCAACAUUGCCAAUUUGGAAUUACAUGAUCCGUGGGUUGUGUAAGAGUGAUCAACCCAUUGCUGCACUCCACAUGUUUGGCAAAAUGCGUCAACAAGGAUUUCAUGGCAAUAACCUCACUUUUAUUUUCAUCUUCAAGGCUUGUGUACAACUUUCGGAUAUUGUUGUUGGACGUGCAGUUCAUGUUAAUGUUCUGAAGCUUGGGUACCAGUCUUACUUAUAUGUGUGUAAUACUCUGAUUUAUUUGUAUGGUUCUUGUGGUGAUUUAGCUGGGGCUAGAAUAGUGUUCGAUGAAAUGUCUGAUAGAGACUUAGUAUCAUGGAACUCAUUGAUUUGCGGAUACAGUCAAUGUAAUAGGUUUCGUGAAGUAUUGAGUCUUUUUGGUUCAAUGCAGGCAGAAAAUGUAAAGGCAGAUGCGGUGACUUUGGUCAAAGUAGUACUAGCUUGUAGCCAUAUAGGGGAUAUUGACACUGUGGAUUUUGUGGCAAAGUACAUUGAGGAUAAUUGUGUGAGAAUUGAUGUCUACUUGGGGAAUACAUUGAUUGAUAUGUAUGGUAGACGUGGAUUGGUUUUCUUAGCUGAAGAAGUUUUUGCUAAGAUGGAGGAGAGAAAUGUUGUUUCGUGGAAUGCCAUGAUCAUGGCAUAUGCUAAAGCAGGGGAUUUAAUGGCUGCAAGGGAGCUUUUUGAUAAGAUGCACAACAGGGAUGUGAUUUCUUGGACUUCUAUGAUCACGGGAUAUUGUCAAGCUAACCGAUUUUCAGAAGGUAUUGCACUUUUCCAAGAGAUGAUGGCAAUUAAGGUUAAGCCUGAUGAAAUUACAGUCGCUAGCGUACUCUCUGCUUGUGCACAUUUAGGUACACUUGAUGUGGGUAAGGCAGUGCAUGAUUAUGUUCGUCAGCAUGGCAUUAAAAUGGAUAUUUACGUAGGGAAUGCGCUGGUGGAUAUGUACUGCAAAUGUGGAUCUGUUAACACAGCCUUGGAAGUAUUUUUCAGCAUGAACAGAAAGGACACUGUUUCUUGGACUUCGAUAAUCUCGGGCCUUGCAGUGAACGGUUUUCAUGACAAUGCUCUUCAACUCUUCUCCCAGAUGUUAGAAGAACGUUGUAAGCCAACUCACGGUACUUUUAUCGGCGUACUACUUGCUUGUACUCAUGCAGGUUUGGUGGAUAAAGGUUUGGAAUACUUCGAUUGUAUGGAAAAACAUCACGGCUUGGUACCAGAAAUGAAGCAUUAUGGUUGUGUUGUUGAUUUGUUGUGCCGCUCUGGUAAUUUAAAUAGAGCGUUUGAGUUUAUAAGUCUUAUGCCUAUGACUGCAGAUGUGGUUUUGUGGAGAAUGUUGCUUAGUGCUUGUAAACUUCAUGGUAAUGUGGUUCUUGCUGAAAUUGCUGCGAACAAACUUCUUCAAUUAGAUCCUGGUAAUGGUGGUAAUUAUGUUCUGUCAUCGAGCACUUAUGCAACUGCAGAGAGGUGGGAUGAUGCAAUGAAAAUAAGGCAAUUGAUGAAUGACGAUGCAGUACAAAGGCCAUUAGGCUGGAGUUCAAUUGAAGUAAAUGCGAUCGUCUAGCAUUCAAUGAACCAUGUCUUUGAAAUGUAAAGUAUCUGAAACAAAGGCUUCCGUCGCAUGGUACUAUUUGUACAUAUUAUCACAAGAUUGAGUACACAGGUGCAAUAGUUGCUGAAGGCACGUGAAAUCAAGGUGCACAUCUUGUGAGCAAGAGUUAUUGUUCUCUAGCUUCCCUUUUGGAUUAAAAAGCUUAAUAUGAGUUGCCAACUCAUGCAUGAGUUUGGUUUGCUUUUCUUCAGCACUAUAAAGAUGAAGGUCUCGAAAUGGAUACUGGUUGUUGUUUGACACCUAAAAGAGCAUAUUAAGUUUGA